AUGAAGCUCCUCAUUGGCGGCGCAACUGGCUUUGUUGGGACAGAACUUGUCCGCCAGGCCCUGGCCAACCCGAAAAUCACCGCAAUCGUCGCUCUUAGCCGCCGUGAGACCGUCCUGCCUCCUUCCACUGCGGGAGCAGAGAAAUUGAAGUCCGUGGUCUGCAGCAACUUUGAUGAGUACCCCGACAGCGUCAAGAACGAACUUCACGAUGUGGAUGCCUGCAUCUGGACCAUUGCUGCGACCCCGACCAGCCUGAAGUCUUUGCCAUGGUCAGAGGCGGUCAAGAUCACUCGGGACUGGACCACCGUUUCUCUUGAGACGCUGGGGAAAAUGCCUCGCAAACAGGGCCAGAUCUUGCGGUACAUUUACAUGAGUGGCCACUUCGCCCCUCGGGAGAGGACCGAAGCGCCAAAGGUCCUCAGCGAAUACAACCUCAUGGAAGCCGGAUAUCUGCGUAUUGCUAAGUCGGGCUACAUCCUUUCUCCUGGUAAGGUGGCACCCAACGUCCCUGGACUUCCGAGUAUCCAGUUGGAAGAUAUCUCUGCUGCCUUGCUGGAUCAAGCCGUGGAAGGUCUCGAGAAGGAUACCCUGCUUAGUGACGAUAUGACUCGCAUUGGGCAGAAAGCACUGGGUAAAACAGCGCAGUGA